GUUUGAGUUGAGAAGCAUCUAAGGACAAAGGUGGGCUCCCAUCCCACACUUAUUUGUCAUUUGAGACAAAAGUGUGUACCCUCCCUCAUCCCUAUCAUCAAGCUCGACCAAGACCUCAAGAAAGGAAGAGGAAAAGCUCUCAAAACCACCUCCAUUGUUGCAGCACGAACUCAAUAAAGAUUGGUCCAAAAAGGAAGAUUAAAGAGAGAAAAAGUUGGGAAAAGUGUGAAUAAUUAAGGGUAUUUCAAGUGAUUUCACAAAGUUGGAAAAGUCGCCGGAGUUGUCGCCGGAAUUGACCAAAAGUCGCCGGAGUUUCACCGGAGUUCAACCAAGAAGGGUAGAACUUCAUAACGCUAGUUCAAGGUUGAAGCUAGGGCUUGCUACUUGCACCUCCUCACGGGUGAUAUCAUAUCGGGAAGACGUGGUUCGUGCUUUCCUUAUUUUCUUUCAAACUACCGAACACUUGCUCAUGGAUAUUUGUUUUACUAUAAACUAUUUUUGGGGCUUGCAUGCCCAUGUUGUUGGCCGGUUGUGGCUCAUGACUUACCGUUGAAUAUUUCCGCUAUUCAUUGGUUUAAAUGUGAUGUUGUUAUGUAUGUUUACUACUGAGUAUGGAUGGAUUGUUUUCUAGAACGCCUUGUGUAAUUAAGUGAGGUUGACUCGUGGGUGACGUCACUUGAUUAAACGGCGGUUGUACACGCGCUUGGAUUGCGGUCUGGGGCGUGACAAUUAAGUGGUAUCAGAGCCAUCUCAGUUCUAAACUAUAUAAUCAACCUCUCACAAAAGAUUUUACAAAAGAGUUUUACCGAAAACCAUGAGCAUUGUAUUUUGACGUUUAUAGGACUAUUGGUGCUUGAGUUGCAAGGCCUCUAACUGUUAAGACGGUACCCUUAACAAUUGGUAUGGUGGUGACUUGGGCCAAUACGUGUCUAUAACGUUCUUCCGUCAAUUGACAUUUAUAGGAGUCUAAUGACUCAUCCAUAUUUCUUUCAGAAAUGGAGGGCAGGCGAAUGGCAACCAGGAACAAUCCGAGGGGGCAGGCGCCGGUAGCAUCCCAAAGGGGAAGUCGGGCUGCAUCUCGGGGUUCAAGAGGAGGCCGUGGAGGCCGUGGAGGUCAUAGGGCUCAGACUGUGAGCGACGGCCAUGUUAGUUCAGUGUAUGAAACCAACACCGAAGACUACGACUCUACAUAUGUUCCGGAAACGGAGCAUGAGGAGACCCCAUAUGAUGGGGGUGACACGUACACUGACGAUGAUGAUGAAGAGAGUGAUGCCAAGUUCGCCCAAAUGGGCGAAUUACUCGAGUGGUAUCAAAAAGAGAAACUGAGGAGAGACCUUAGGCGCCAAGCAAGGCGUGGCUCUCGUGGUGGUUCGGGUCAAGGAAGCCGGGGGAGCUUCAAGGGCCACUCCCGUGGCGUCACAUGACGGGCGUGAAGGAGGUUUUUGUGUGAGAAUCUCCAAGUACCUCAAGGAGGCUAGGGCCUUGGGGUGUAAGUCCUUUGACGGCUGAUAUUCGUGUAAUUUCUGAUUGUAUGUUUGUAUUUUUAACUAGUUUUUAUUAGUUCUAGUUGUGGAAAUUACACACUUUUGGUGUAAUAUUUUAUUUUCAUUUUUAUUUGUAAUUUGUUUAGAUUAGGAUUAUUUUGAGCUAAACAG